AUGGUGCUGGGGGCUGAAUGGGGAGUGUGCUGGCCAGGGUCACAUGGAGGCUGCAGAGAACAGAAAGGACAGAGACAAAGAGGCCUAGGGAAGCCAACCUGGGGACUGCCGCGGGCGAAGAAGAGACUCCUGUGGCGGGUCUUCCUGUCUGCAUGUGGUUUCUUAGGCCUGUACCUAUACGGGCUCCGUAUUCUCAGGCACUUAGAAGUCUUCAUCCCCAUGGGCAUAUGCCCUCCAGCCACCGUGCCUCUGCUCAGGGACAAUUUCACGGGUGUUCUGCGCCACUGGGCCAGGCCUGAAGUCCUGACCUGUACCUCUUGGAGAGCCCCAAUUAUUUGGGAUGGCAUGUUCGACCCACUUGUAGCUGAGCAAGAGGCGAGACGGCAGAACCUCACCAUCGGACUGACUGUCUUUGCUGUAGGAAGGUACCUGGAGAAGUACCUAGCACGCUUCCUGGAAUCGGCAGAGCAGCACUUCAUGGUGAGCCAGAGCGUUGUGUACUACGUGUUCACGGAUCGCCCGGAGGCGGUGCCCCACGUGACCCUGGGCCAGGGUCGCCUGCUGAGGGUAGAACCUGUGCAGCGGGAGAGGCGCUGGCAGGACGUGUCCAUGGCGCGCAUGCGCACGCUACACGAGGCUCUCGAAGGGCCGCUGGGCCAAGAAGCUGACUACGUGUUCUGCCUGGACGUGGACCAGCACUUCACCGGUCACUUCGGGCCGGAGGCGCUGGCCGAUUUGGUGGCGCAGCUGCAUGCCUGGCACUACCACUGGCCGCGGUGGCUGCUGCCUUACGAGCGGGACAGGCGAUCCGCUGCCGCGCUGUCGUUGGGGGAAGGGGACUUCUACUACCACGCCGCGGUGUUCGGGGGCAGCGUGGUGGCGCUGCGCAAGCUGACGGCCUACUGUGCGCUUGGCCAGCAGCUGGACCGUGAGCGCGGCGUCGAGGCCCGGUGGCACGACGAGAGCCACCUCAACAAGUUCUUCUGGCUGUACAAGCCCACCAAGCUGCUGUCUCCCGAGUUCUGCUGGGCCCAACAAAUUGGCCGGAGGACAGAAAUCCACCACCCUCGGCUGCUCUGGGCGCCCAAGGAGUAUACGCUGGUGCGAAACUAGCAGCGCCCCCUCGGCCGGCCAGACACAAGAGCAUCUUUGGUACUGCGGGUGUGGAGUGGGGACUGUAAAAUGUUUCAAGACCAUGAAGCCAGUUAGAGCCGGCUACAGGGCCUCUGGAAGGGGGACCUUUGGAACUCAGCAUCCUCCACCUGCACCAGAUGAACAGAAGCCAAGCCCUUUGGACUCUAACAGAGGGACUGAGUGGGCCAAAUGUGCUGAAAGGCAGGUGGGUGCUGUCUACAAGCUGGCACGGUCCUUCUUCUCAUUGGACAAUGCCUGUCCCCCAUCCGGCCCUGCGACACUCACCAGUUCUAACAAGCUCUGCCCGGCUGGAGAGCUGAUUGUGAGCCAGGAAGAUCUUGUUGUGACUCUUCCCUUCUACAAACUCUGUGUGAUGUGGACAAGCUCUAUUCACAGGAAGAUGGGAUUCCUCCCUGCAGGGACUCGGACAGGGUCAAGUGCCUCACACCUGCUGACUGACUUCACCUUACAUCCGCCCUACUAAGCGGUUGCUAUUAUCGAUCUCAUUUGACACAAGAUGCAACCAGGCACCGAGUGGUCAAGUAACUAACUCAUCGUCAGAUCACUACUAGCAGCUGAAAUUCCUGAAUUCCAGAACAAACCGGAAAUGAAAUACAGCGAGAGGUUAAAGGCCGAGGCGACCACUCUUUCCAGUCUCCCCUGGCCAUUUCUACAGCCUCUCCCUCCUCUGUCUUCUGCUGGAGUCUGCCUGAACACAGCAACCCCAGGGCCUAGUUUCUAGAGCCUUCCAGCGCAGUGGCCCACCAUCUCCUAACCGGCUUGUGCCGGAUACAUGGAGCGGAGAAGCUGACUGGAGAGGCAUCGUCACAGAGUGACUUGCUGGUAAAUCCUUAUCAACUGGCUCUUCAAGAAAACAGGAGAUGGAUGGCUCAGGUAGUCACGUGCUUCCUGUGCAAGCGUGAGGACCCGAGUUUGACCCCUAGAACACAUAUUAAAAAAAAAAAGCUGAGCGUUGUGGCUGGCUCUAAUUCCAGAGCUGGGGAGGCAAAGACAGAUACUUGUGCUCCUGGCUGGCCAGCCUGAUCAGUGAGCCCCAGGGAAGUGAGAGGGCCUGGCUCAAAAAAGAAAACGGAGGAAGUGGACAGAGCCCGAAGAAUGGCACUCAAGGAUGAAGAGUCUGCAGCACAAAAACUUAUACCAGAGGAUUAGGUCAGCGCUGGGACUAUCUGAAGCCUUUGGAUCUGUUCUGUGGGGAAGAAUUUGGGAACAUUAGUAGAAGUCUUGCUAAAGCCUACGAUGCUGUGGGCGGAGCUCAUGGGCAAGCCUGUUGGGAGCUUGGAAGACCAGAGUGCGGACAGCGCUGUGAAAACAAAGCCUGGGCUCACUGGGCUUCAGGCGGGAACGUGUGUGCUGCUGGAAACUGGACUGCAGGGUCACACUCAGGCAGAGAAUCUGAGUCUGAUUCUAGGUCUGUGCAGGGCCAGACAUCAGUGCUGAGAAUGUCUGGCCCUGCACAGACCUAGAAACAAAAGAGGGCGUGUCUCGCCUCCAUCCUUUCCCUGUCUCUGCAUCCUGGCUGCCACAGGCUGACCAUCUUCCGGCUUCCCGGCCCUCUCUCCUUGACGGUCAAGCCUCAGGCCUGAGAGCCAAUGGAGUGAUACCAAGAGCCAAUGGAGUGAUAUUGUAAGCCAAGAGCAGUCCGACCCCGCCCCAACCUGGUUAUUUGUCACGGUGACAAAAAGUCUAAAGCAGGCCUGGGGCAGAGUGGUGCAAAGGUGGCCCAGCCUGCUCUCCACACACCCCCCACCCCCGACACAGCACCAAGCACUCUGUACGCAGCCACUGCCCGGGUGUAGGUACGGUUUAUUCUUCACAUCAGAGAAAUACAAAGAGCAGAGGGGUUGCAACCCUUGUCUCUCGCCCCCGGCCCCCGGAAGUGUUCCUCUCCCACGUUUGAGUGGUUUGGCUCCACUCCCUUCUUU